CAUAGUGCAGCAAUCAGUGUCUUCUCUUCUCACUCAUCACGACUAUAUAUGUCAAGGCCAUAGGAUAGCCACAAGCAGGCAUUAUCCCGAGUAACUUAGCAAAGAAAACCAAGGUUGCCUUGAGUGUUUUUCUCGGCUUCUGUUGAUUAGACAUGGGCGAUCAUGGCUGCAGCGGAAACCUUCCUCCUGGAUUUAUUUUCAGCCCAUCUGAUGAAGAGCUCAUCCUUCACUUUCUCGAUCGCAAGGCCUCUCUCUUACCUUGCCAGCCUGACAUCAUUCCCGAUCUUGGUCUUUAUCCUCAGGAUCCUUGGCAGCUUGAAGGCAGGGCUCUGUCGAGUGAAAACCAGUGGUACUACUUUAGUCGAGUGAUGGAGAACCAAGCAACAGGAAAUGGGUUUUGGAAGCCAUUAGAUAUUGAAGAGCCUAUAUUUAGUUCCAGUGCUGGUAAGAAGGUUGGAUUAAAGAAAUACCUUGUGUACUGCAUUGGUCCCGAAGGUGUAGAAACAAAUUGGAUGAUGCAGGAAUAUCAUCUUUGCAGUAGCAAGUCGAGUGGCAAAUCCUACAAGAGAAAGCAAAAAUUAGAUUGCAGUAAAUGGAUCCUAUGUCGAGUUUAUCAGAGGGAAGGAAGCUGUUCCAGGAGUUCAAACCACAGUGAUGAUGAUGGAACCGAGCUUUCAUGCCUUGAUGAGAUGUUCUUAUCAAUGGAUGAUCUUGAUGAUAUAAGUUUUCCAAAUUAGUUUUUGAGUAUUGUUUCGGCUUAUAUGUUAAUGAAUCAUGUGUAAACACGCACAUCUUAAUUUAUAUGUUUAAUUUAGAUCAAAUUAACAAUGUUCUUGGACGUUUUG